CAGCGGCUCCGCGGGAGAAAGAUGUGGCGGUCUGCUUCUGUAGAGGUUUACAGCCUUGGAAACCCUGUGGGGUCGCUGUGAGUCGGAACUGACUUGAUGGCAGUGAGUAGUGGGAAGAUACCACAAUGUUACUGUAGAGUCAGUUCUCCAACUCUGUUCUUAUUCAGUAUUGUGUUGGCAGUCGUGGGUGUUUUGCCUUUCCAUAUAAACUUUGGCAUCAAUUUUAUCCACAAAAUAACUUGCUGGAAUUUUGAUUGAGAUUGCGUUGAAUUUAUAAAUCAAAUUGGGAAUAACUGACUUAGUAAUAUGAAGUCUUCCUGUCCGUGAACAAAGAGGGCAGCAGUAGAAUUCUCACCUUCCACGCAGGAGACUUGGUUUGGAUUCCUGGCCGGCGCACCUCAAGUGCGGCUGCCACUUGCCUAUCAGUGGAGGCUUGUGUGUUGCUGUGAUGCCGAACAGGUUUCAGCAGCUGAAAUCCAGACAUCACAUAUCAAGUUCUUCUCGUUGUAAUCUCCUGUAAACCUCCGUUGAUGUUGGUGUUGAUGUGCUGGCAAGGUGUGGAGGGCGAGGAAGCUUUCUGUAACCCUAUGAUUAGGUCGCAGUCUUUUAGUGAGCCUUUGCCCCUGGCUGUGACCUUCACAAGUGUUUCUCAGCUUUUUGUGGCCUUCAUUCCCUGGGUGAAACAGGAAGGCUAGAGGGGGCUGGAGUUGGGUAUUUCCCUUCUGUGUCCAUUAGGAUCUGAUUAAAAAAAACCCACGAAGGUUUGGCUCUGGUCAAGUAGUUGGCCUUCAGGGCAGUCGGUUGUUCAGAGAGCAUUAUUUCCGAAUGGUUAUUUUCCCCUCACCCCACCCUCUGGACACAAGACGGGAUUUUUCUGUGAGCUGAGAACCCCGUGGAGCUCCUGGAGCCUUCUCACGGAAGCCUGGGGGCUAAGUCUGGGCCUCCGGGAACUUUUCCUCUCCAGCACUUAGUCAGUCACCCUUUAAGUGUCCUGCCCUCUGCUGAGGCUGGAGCCGGCGGUUUCUAGUCCUGCUUUUCUCUUCUUGUGGGCACGGGAGUGAUGACCUCUCAGCUCUUGACAUGCUGGACCGGAAACCAGCAGUCUGUAUUUUUAAAUUCUGGGUCAGGGUUGGGGGCAAAGGACAAGGUUCAGGAAACAAGCUCAGGAAGUUUGCUCUAGGGCUGCAUGAGGAGUAGAAAGCAGAGGGGGUCCAGCCCUGCUGCCUGAGGCUCAGGGUGACCGCCCUCUGAGAAGCCCAGAGCCUUAGGGGCAUGAUCGCCCCCUCCCAGGUUCUGCAGCCCAUGGCCUUGCGCUGUGUCUCCCGUGUGCGAGGUGCUCAGCCUUCCCUCCAGCCAAGGCCGUUUCACACGUGGAGUAUCGUGGCCACCCUGCUGCUGCCUGCCUGUCCGCAUGAUCAUUGCCCAAGGGCCUGCCGGUGUCCAGCCCUGGGCCACGUACAUCAGCUUUCCCGCAGGGUGGGACAAAAGAAGCAACGCUUAUCAGAGGCAGAGAGGAGCCGGAGCCUGCCUGACGUGGCCAGGACGCCUUCCCCCGAGGAGCCCUGUUCGGGGCCACACACCUGCUUGGGUCCGCCCGCUACUACAGGCCCCCAGCGCAGCAUCUAUUUCUUGAGCCCAAAGGACCAUCCUGCCCGACUGGGAUCUGAGUUUUUCGAUCAGCCAGGAGUUCGUCUGGCGCGGGCGCUUCUGGGACAGGUCCUGGUGCGACGGCUUGCUGACAACACGGAGCUCCGCGGCCGCAUUGUGGAGACCGAGGCGUACCUGGGCCCAGAGGAUGAGGCGGCACACUCGAGGGGCGGCCGGCAGACAGCCCGGAACCGAGGCAUGUUCAUGAAGCCGGGCACCCUGUACGUGUUCAUCAUCUAUGGCAUGUACUUCUGCCUGAAUGUCUCCAGCCAGGGGGACGGGGCAUGUGUCCUGCUGCGAGCACUGGAGCCCCUGGGGGGCCUGGAGACCAUGCAGCGGCUCCGUAGCACCCUUGGGAAAGGCGCCUCUGGCCGAGCCCUCAAGGAUCGCGAGCUCUGCAACGGCCCCUCCAAGCUGUGCCAGGCACUGGCCAUCGACAAGAGCUUCGACCAGCGGGACCUGGCCACAGAUGGGGCUGUGUGGAUGGAGUGUGGCCCCCCGGGACCCAAGCCAGCUGUGGUGGCUGCGGCCCGGGUGGGCGUCAGCCGUGCAGGGGAGUGGGCCCAGAAGCCCCUGCGCUUCUACGUGCGGGGCAGCCCCUUUGUCAGCGUGGUGGACAGGACAGCUGAGCAGAUGCAGGCCUGAACGAAGGGUCUGCUCCAACAGGCUUUCGAUCAUUCAGGAACCAAAUAAAUGCUUGUUUCUAGAAAAGUGGUAUGUGGGUCUGGGCUGGAGUCUCUCAGUGUC